AUGAGUAGAAAGCUGACGACAGACAUCCCUGCAUGUAAGAAUAAGUUUUUUAGUUUUUAUAGUGGCAGUUGUUAUUUUUUAGUUGACUUAAAGUUAGCAGUGCAUACGUAUUUGCUAAGGCGGGCCUUCUAAACACAAAUAUUGGCGUGCAGCUCAUGUUCCUUUAAAUCAUGUGACAAACCAGAGACGAUUAAUAUUCCUGUAAAUUCCACCACAGGAGAGUCAUCCUCUUCUUAUCAAUGUAUAAUUGUAACUCACUUCAGUCUUUUCACAAAUGACUCAAGACAUUUGCUGUGACAACUCCACAACAAUAUGCUCUCGAAUGGUACAGUGAUGCUGCGUCAUGAAAAAUAUCCUUCUAAAUUCCCAGAGUUUUGAAAAUGGAGGCACCAGGAAAACUGCUGUCAUCACGACUGAUUUCCCUGCAUAAGAAUGGAAAAUGGGAAAAAGAUGAUGUUGUUAAGUUGUUUAACGCCCUUGUGGAGCAGUAUAAUGGCAGAAAUGAAGAUUUUCACACAUGGGUGAUGAAAAUCCUUCAUCAAGUAGAGAUUCACAAAAUAAGUGUGUCAGAUUUGACAAUGAAUGACAAUAAAAUUGUGAAUCAUGUUGAGACCAAAAUUAAUGAGAUCAAAAACACUGAUGAGAAAACAGAGAAAAAACUUAAAGAUGUUGUGGAGGAAAUUCAAAAACAAGGAAAUAUUGAUGAAGAAAUUAUGGCAGAAGUUACAGAUAUUGUGUCAUCUGUGUCCAAAUGUCUGUCAGAUUCUACAGCUCCACAUCUACAAGGAAUAAAGCAACAUUUGUUCAAGAUCUGCAAAGCAGUGCAAAAGAAGAGCAAGAAGAAAAUAACACCUCGAGUGACUCAGAUGGUGAGCUGGUGCAUUCUUGUUCUUUCUAAAUCGAGUCGGCUCCUUCAGGUUUUAACAGGAGAAGGAAAGUCGUGUAUCGUGGCAAUGUUUGCUGCAUAUCAGGCCAUGAUGGGAAAAACCCCAGAUAUCAUCUCCAGUUCUCCUGUACUCGCUGAAAGAGACGCUGAAGAAUGGACUGCAUUUUAUAAGGAACUAGGUAUCACUGUUGACGUCAACACUAAUAAAUCAGAAGACAAAGAGCUGAAGAAGUGCUAUGAAUGUCAGGUGGUCUACGGUACGACUCAGGAUUUUGCAGGUGAUUUUCUGAGACAGCGCUUCCACAGAAGAGAUGUGAGACCUAAGAGAGAGUUUCAGUGUGUUAUAGUGGAUGAGGUGGAUUCUCUAAUGUUGGACAAAGGUCUUGAAGUGGUCUACUUGAAUAGUAAUAUACCUCUCAUGGAAUCUCUCAAUGGAAUACUGGCUGAAAUUUGGUUGAUCAUCAAUCAGCUGAAGCAUUUAGAGACUGGAGAGAUUUUAGGGCCCAUUCAGCUCUUCUCUAAGGUUCUGUCUGAAAUCAUAAAUGAAAAUAAAACUAUUGAUCAACUCAGUAUUGUGCAGAUUGCUAGAGAUGCGGAAAUUAUGUCAAUAAAAUCUUCAAUGCAAAUGCAAGAAAACACAACACAUGUUCUAAAACAACUAGACAAUGCAAGUGUUGUGCAAAUGGUGGCAUUUUUAACAAUGUUUGUGAGAAAUUUCCCUGAGUAUUUCUUCAAACUAUACCAUGAAUUACCUGAUGGAAAUUUACAGAAACUAAAUGAUAUUGGUUCCACAGGUAAAAAUAAUAAACCACAAAUAUCCGUUCUUCUGUUGGGAAAUGGAAAAUGUCGUUUAGUGCACUAUGAUGAGGACUCACUAGUUAAAUCAGUGGGUAAAAUCAUUAAAAAGUGUUUGUCUGAAUUAACAAAGGAAAAAAAUGAAUCUUGUAUCCCAGGCCUUGAAGACCUCAUCAAUGGCAAAGUGCAAACCUGGAUUGAAAAUGCUCUGCAAGCCACCAAAAUGACUCUGGGUCACGAAUACAUCCUUCAUGGAGAUGGAGUCGCUCCAGUCGAUUACAAAUGCACUGGUGUUGUGCAGAACAACAUGAAAUGGGGAGAAGGACUUCAGCAGUUCCUGGAGAUGAAACACCAAACUAAACUGUCCAACAUGAGUCUCAUCACAAACUUCAUGUCUAAUGUGGGUUUAUUCAAGAAAUACAAAAACAAUGUAUAUGGGAUCACAGGAACUUUAGGAGACCCAACAGAACUUGACAUGCUGAAGAAGCUCUACGAUGGCAUUGACACCUGUAAAAUUCCCUCAUUUAGACGAAGGAAACUUUAUGAGCUGGAAGGCAGGGUGAUAUCAGAAGAGGACGAGUGGAUCAGGACCGUCUGUAAUGUUGUUCAGGAUCAAGUGACUUCUACAGUCUUUCGAGGUCCACGAGCAGCUCUCGUCAUCUGUGAAACAAUCAAACGUGCAGAAAUGUUUCAUAAGACCCUUGCAGACACCAUCUCAAAACACAAACUAAAGCUCUAUGUGAAUAAUAACAUGAACAACUCUACAAUAACAGAUAAAAUUGUCCAAGCAGGGGACGUCAUCAUUGCAACUAAUCUAGCAGGUCGAGGUACAGAUCUAAAGGUUUCUGAGAGUGUAAAUGAGGCAGGAGGACUGUUUGUCGUUCAAACCUUCUUACCUCUGAACAUCCGCGUUGAACAGCAAGCCUUCGGACGAACGGCUCGCCAAGGGAGUCCAGGAUCUGCUCAACUCAUCAUGUGCAGCAGUCAUUUCUCUGACUCUGUCAAACUAGUGAUGAGUCUAAACACAUCUCUAACCAGAUUACUCAGCUGUCUGAACCAGCUUACAGCUACACUGAUGUUAUGUGGUUCCAUUGAGAGUGAAUUUGAAGAAGAAGUUAAUCGCUACCUGACAAAUCACAGCUCUCAAACUCAUGGGGCAAUGGUCUCUGCUCUCACAAGCCUUUUAAACAUGAAUUCAUUCUCAUUCAUGGAAAGCAAUCUGGACAAGGCAAAAGAUGCCAGAAACACUGUGGUGAAGAUCAGACUGUCAGGCUUUCUUGAAAAAGACAUUCCAAAAAUUAUAAGUAAGGAAGAGCUUUUUUCUGAAUACCUUGAUGUUUUGGACAAAGUUUAUGAAGAUGACGUUUUUUCAGACCAGCGUGAUGUCAUUGUGCCCUGUCUCCAUGAGUGCUGGGGUCUGUGGCUCCUGAUGAACUUCAGUGAGGAAAAUUUCAGUAAGAAAAGCCCAUCCUUGUUAAAGGAACAGCUGAAGGUGGACUUGUCGAUUGCAAAUCAAAGAUUUUUAAGUAAUUUAACUCCAUCCUCCAUGGUCUACUAUUACAUCAGGUCUGGAAACAAUCUGCGUGAGAAGGGACGCCUUGUGGAGAGCAUUGAGAUGUACAGCAAAGCUCUGGAGAACGGAGUAUCUAGAGAGAUUAUUCCUCUCUAUAAUCGUGCACUGGCCACUAUUAUGAAGAAAGACACUGGUUACAUCACUCAAGCACUGGCCGAUUUGGAAAAGGCUGACAAGGAAAUAGAUUCAUACAAGUCACAUCUGGAUCAGAUUCAUACUAUUGUGAAAUUAUCAAGCCAGGAGCAGACAUCAGAAGGUGAAACUUUGUUUACUACACAGUUUCGAGUAAAGUUCCUAGUUGUAGACCUACUGCAGAUGAACAUUCGAGACGCUGUACCGAAGUUGAAGAGGGCUGAAAGCAGAGGAGGAAAUGUGACACUGACUGAAAAGCUCACAGUUUUUCUUGCAGAAGACUAUAUUUUCUGGUCACCAAGAGUUCGGAAAGAGCUGCCAGUGGAAUUAAUGCACAUCAGAUCACUAGGUCUUGACACCAUUUUCUCUUUGAACACGUUAUUCUCUUUAAGUGGCCUUUUGUCAAAAAUGUUAAAACAGUCUUGAAAUAGAUGUGUGUUUGCCAUCUCUGGGGGCUUUCACAGAGGAACAUUUUCAUAGUUUCUAGAAGUAGCCACUUUUUGGCAUGUUUGCACCGCAGGAACAAUUUUAGUAACUAAGGACGAAAUCAAAUGUGACAAACGAAACAUGGUUAUGUAUUUCUGCUCAGAUAUAGCGCCAUCAAUCACACAACAAACACUAUACUACGUUUUCAUAUACCAUUUUCUUUUUUUAAUAACACAUAUGCCUACAGAAGUUAACACAGUUAUUUUUCAAAGAAGCAACUUAAGUAAACAAAAUAGAUUGUUUUUGGUAAUGAAAUCAAGCAGUACUUAAAAAAAUAUUUUAAAUCUAUAUAAACUAAAGGAUAGAGACUGCCUCUUUGUAAUAAAAUGCAUAAAAAAACUAAUUUGUUAUACUAAUAGCCUAUAUUUGAUGUAUUAUAUUUAUAUUGUUGUAAACAUUUAUAUUUUCAUGGUAAUAAAAUAAA